AUGUCGGGCUUAGAACACCCAUUCCAGCCAGCGAACAAAAAGAGCACACACGGUUCCAGCGAUGCUGACGAGGAUGCUGAAAUGACGGGAGCGGAUGACGAGCCUCAAGAUGCCCCCGACCCGCCAACCUCCGUGCCUGACGAUGCCGAGGACAACCCGUCUGGCGAUGAUGAUAGUGAUGAGAUGGACGAGGAUGACGCCCAACGUUAUGACGAAGAUGAAGAUGACGGGCCCUUCGGCGCGUUUGGUGGGCGCCACAUGACAGGCUUUUCCAGCACGCUCAGAGCGCUCACCGGUAUGAUGUCUGACGAGUUCAUCCAGCAGGCCGCCCUGCAAGAGCUCUCAGAGAUCCUUCUUGUUUCCAACGAGGAUAAUCUCUCUGGCCAUUUCUCCCCUGACUCGUUUGUAAAGGAGCUUGUCUCCCUGAUGCAGUCACCCAACAGCCCCGAGGUCAUGCUCCUCGCCUGCCGUUGCUUGGCUAAUUUGAUGGAGGCUUUGCCCGCUAGCGUUGCCAACGUCGUCUACGGCGGUGCUGUGCCUGUACUUUGCAGCAAGUUGUUGGAGAUCUCCUUUAUCGAUGUUGCCGAGCAAUCCCUAAGCACGUUGGAAAAGAUCUCCACAGAAUAUCCCAGUGCUAUUGUACGCGAAGGUGGGCUAACGGCAUGCCUUUCUUACCUGGAUUUCUUCGCUACGAGUACGCAACGUACUGCCGUGACGACUGCUGCCAACUGCUGCCGUAAUAUCCCCGAGGACUCGUUUGUGGUCGUUCGGGACGUUAUGCCCAAGCUUCUCGAUGUUCUCGGGAGCAGUGACCAGCGCGUUGUCGAACAGGCGUCGCUAGCUAUCCUCCGGCUGCUUGUUCCUGGAACCACUAAUUUGAUUGGGCCCAAUAUUCAUACUCAGUUCCUUCGAGUCUUGGCAUUCACCGCCAGAGCAAGCCCGCAGCUCUCGGCUGACCUUUUCAAGCUGAAUGUAGUUGAGACGCUUUAUCAGAUACUGACUGGCGUCUCUCCUCCGAGUGGCACGGAUGAUGUCGCGUCCAAGCUAGAUAGCGUUGUCAUUAUGCAAGCUCUAAUUCAUCGCCCGCGCGAGCAGAUUAUCGAGACCUUGAAUGUCAUCUGCGAGCUCCUCCCUGGCCUCCCUCGCGAGCUUGACACAUCUGCUCUGCUUGAGCUCAACAUUUUCCCGGAGCCCGUUUCCCUCGGAUCUGCCACGAGCCCAGCUAGAACUCAGGAUCAAGCGAAUGAGAAGAGAGUGGAGAUGUUGCAAGGAUGCAAGGAUGAAGUCAGAAGAUUCGCCUUGAUUCUAUUCCCUACCCUCACAGAUGCCUUCUCCAGCACCGUCAAUCUGACUGUCCGGCAAAAGGUCCUGACAGCGCAGCUCAAGAUGUUGUCGAAUGUUGAUGAGAGCGUCUUAGUUGAGGCACUGAGGUCGGUCCCCUAUGCCUCCUUCUUGGCCUCCAUUUUGUCCCAGAAGGACCAUCCUUCUCUUGUUAUGCUGGGUCUUCGAGCCACAGAGCUCUUGGUUAGCCGACUAGACAAGAUAUACCGUUACCAGCUUUACCGUGAAGGUGUUAUGGCGGAAAUAUCCAGGCUCGCUAUGGAGGACGAAGCUAAAGAACCACCCGCGGAGACCUCUACCCAAGAGCAAGACCCCCAGACGCAAGACUCUCAUGUCUCGACGGACUCGGCUGUUCAGCAAUCGGACAACGAAGCUUCGGGGGCGAGGAUGAUGAUGACAAUGGAUCCUCUGACGAAGAGAACGAAGACGAGGGCGGCACAUACGCACCGAAUGACGAUGCUUCGGGCUCGCCGUCGCAACACUAUUCGCAAGGUUGCCAAACAAUUCCUCGAAACGCAUGAAACUGAGGCCCAGAGCAGGGUCAUGAAAGAGAAGGCUUCAAAGAUUCUUGAUAGUUUGUCUCAUCUUGCGCAAGAUCUUGAGAGCUUAUACCUUGAUCCCUCAUAUGGGCCUCACACUUCUGAGGCUGGUAUCGAGGUGUUCUCGAGACUUGCCUCCUACUUCGAUGCCGACGUUUUAGAGAGUGUCACGAGUGCGGAACUGUUAGCGUCUGGCCUUGUACGCGUCCUUCUUGAUGUGUUCAGCAAUCCCGAUGAGAGCUUGGCGCGUGCAGCUCAAUCCGCCUUCCUUCAAGUUUUUAUGGGCGGCUCUGGCGAGGGCCUGGUGAAGAUUGGUGGCGGAGAUUCCGCCACAUCUGCUUUCAGUAUCAUGAUACACAAACUUCAAGAUCUGCUUAGUAGGUCUGAGCAUUUUGAGGUGAUUACCGUGCAUAAUAACGCCGCCGACGGUAACCGAAGUAGCGCUGUAUCAAUGCUCGGCAAGCAAAUCCGUCUCCGCCUCGUCGCAGAAGACGACGCAGAUAUUCCACGUCCUUACCGGAAUAUUGUUGUGUCGAUUCAGGCGAUAGCGACAUUCCAAUCGCUCGAUGAUUACCUGCGCCCCCGAAUUUCUAUCACCGAGAGAGCUCGAAGCGCGAGGCGUGACGGCCUCUCGAAAGCACUAGCCGCCAUGGCUGGUGCCCGAGGACUGCCCCCUUUCGCUGGCUCUUCAUCCUCGAGUAGACUAGCUGAUCGCCCUGCUCCGGAGACAGUAGCUACGCCACCACCUCCGGCUGCCGGUACUACGCCGUCUAGCGCGAGAGUCUCACGCAAGUCGAAGUCUAACCCAUCCGCUCAAUCUGAUCCCACCCAGGAACCAUCUACUCCGUCUGGCUCAGCUCACGAUAAACGCGCCCUACGGCGGUCUUCGUGCCGCCAGGGCGGGUCUACGGAGACACCGCCCCCUCCUCUGCCACCACCAGAAGAGGAAGAUGACCUCCAAGACGCUCUCGAGUGUGCAGACGAGAAACCCCUGAGCGAUGGUGAAGAUGACGCAACUGAAGAAGGAGGAACGCUUGCCGACCUGGCUGGUGAUUUGGACGAAGAAAUGGCCGAGGAGGCCGCCCCGACCCCUCGGCCGUUAACCUUGAGGUGGCUGCUUGAUGGGAAACCUAUCGGCAAUGACACCACUAUCUACCGAGCCGUCCAUCAUUUGACUUCCACCUCUGGCGACCAUGCCGGACGGAGUAUUUGGUCGCAGGUUCAUUCUAUCAAGUUCAAGCGUGUGCCCGGGCCUGUACCCCAAGAAUCAUCGUCCUCGUUCACCGUCCUAUCUGACGGCGAGCCCGCAAUCGAUGGGAUCCCAGCAUCGCUCGCUAAGCACCCCACUACUGCCUCAAUCCUACGACUCUUGCGCAUUUUGCAUGACCUGAAUGCCAACCUCGAGGAUGUUCUCAUAGAAAAGCAAGAGGUUAUCCCGCUUGCUGCAGAACCCCUUUCGCAAUUCGUGAAUACCAAAUUAACCGCUAAACUCAAUCGCCAAUUGGAAGAGCCGUUGAUUGUCGCCAGCAACUGCCUUCCAAGCUGGUCCGAGGACCUCGCUAGGCUUUAUCCUUUCCUGUUCCCAUUUGAAACACGGCAUCUCUUCCUUCAGUCUACCUCAUUCGGCUAUGCGCGUUCGAUGACUCGUUGGCAAAACGCCCAAUCGUCUGAGGACUCUCGUCGCGAUAGGCGAGACGACCGUCCCUUCCUUGGGCGUCUCCAGCGUCAAAAGGUUAGAAUUGGCCGCGCUAAAAUUCUCGAAUCAGCACUCAAGGUUAUGGAGUUGUAUGGAGCGAGCCAGAGUGUCUUGGAAGUCGAGUAUUUUGAAGAAGGAAUUUUCCAAAAGAAACUCAAGCUCUGGCGUGAAGUCGAUUCAAACGAUGCUGACGAAUUCAUCAAUGGCAUCACUGGCCUUUUCCCGCGUCCGAUGAGUGACGAGGAGGCUUCAUCGCCAAAUGGGGAACGAGUAUUGCAUCUAUUCACGUCCCUUGGCAAAUUCGUAGCUCGCUCUAUGCUCGAUUCCCGCAUUGUUGACAUCAACUUCAAUCCUAUCUUCUUCCGAAUCGGUGACGAGUCUUCUCCCGUCGGAAUCCGACCUUCCCUCGGUGCUGUCAAGGUCGUUGACCCAGGGCUAGCCCGGUCGUUGAAGGCUAUCAAGCGGUUCUCCAUCACGAAGAAGGAGAUCGAUGAAGACCCGAGCCGCACGCCUACCCAGAAAGUGAUGCACUCGGAGAACAUUGUCAUCGACGGCUCUAGGAUUGAUGAUCUCUGCCUUGACUUCACCCUUCCUGGUUAUCCUGAUAUCGAACUUGUGCCGAAUGGGUCUCAAAUCCGCGUCACCAUCUCCAAUGUGGACGAAUACCUAGAUCGGGUCAUUGAUUUGACUCUUGGGGUUGGCGUUCGGCGGCAGGUGGAUGCCUUCCGUGCCGGAUUCAAUCAUGUGUUCCCCUAUUCGGCUCUGAGUGCCUUCACACCAGACGAGCUUGUCUCGCUAUUUGGCAGUGUAGAUGAGGAUUGGUCCCUUGAGACCCUUAUGGACUCAAUCAAGGCAGAUCAUGGCUAUAACAUGGAUAGCCGCUCUGUUAAAAAUCUCCUCCAGUCCAUGAGCGAAUUGACUCUGCCCCAGCGGAGAGAAUUCCUUCAAUUCACAACCGGCAGUCCUAAGCUGCCUAUUGGAGGAUUCAAAUCUUUAACCCCCAUGUUUACCGUGGUUUGCAAGCCAAGCGAGCACCCAUACACGUCCGACGAUUACCUGCCAAGUGUCAUGACUUGUGUCAACUACUUGAAGUUGCCUGACUACACUACAAUCGAUAUCAUGAAGAAACAGCUCUUCACAGCUAUGAAGGAAGGCCAGGGAGCGUUCCAUCUCUCCUAA